AUGAUGGCGACUGAGGUUCAGAGCGGCGACCUCGACAGCGCUCCUUCCAGCCGGCUCGAAGUCUCCAUAGACGGCCUCACGCUGAGCCCGGACCCGGAGAGCGAGCAGGGACAUUCGGAGGAUACGCCGCCCCCGGCCGAGGCCGAUGCCGCCGCAGCGGAACCCGAUGCCGACGCGCCGGCCGCCGCUGAGGGCGACGUCGGCGAUGGGGAGGCUGACAAAUCCUCCGUAGAGACGAAAUGGGGCUUCCCUCUACAAGAACUGUACGGAAUGGCGCUUAAAUUCUUCAAAGAUAAGGACGGCAAAGCCUUCCACCCAACUUACGAGGAGAAGCUCCGGCUGGUGGCGCUACACAAACAGGUGCUGUUGGGCCCUUACAACCCCGACGCGUCCCCCGAAGUGGGCUUCUUUGAUGUGCUGGGCAACGACCGCAGAAAGGAGUGGGCGUCCCUUGGUAACAUGGAGAAGGAGGAAGCCAUGGUGGAGUUUGUGCGACUGCUCAAUAAGUGCUGUAACCUCUUUGCGCCGUAUGUCACCUCGCACAAGAUCGAGAGGGAAGAGCAAGACCGAAAAAGGAAAGAGGAAGAGGAACGUCAGCGGCGAGAGGAGGAAGAGCGGGAACGACAGCGGCAAGAGGAGGAGCGACGAAGGCUAGAGGAGGAAGAACGACAGCGGCGGGAGGAAGAGGAAAGGAGACAAGCGGAGGAAGAGCGACUUCGAGUCGAGCAGCAGAAGCAGCAGAUCAUGGCCGCCCUGAACGCUCAGACGGCGGUGCAGUUCCAACAGUACGCCGCCCAGCAGUACCCCAACAGCCCCGAGCAGCAGUUGGGCCUGAUCCGGCAGCUCCAGGAACAGCACUACCAGCAGUACAUGCAGCAGCUCUACCAGGUCCAGCUGGCUCAGCAGCAGGCGGCCUUGCAGAAGCAGCAGCAGCAGCAGCAGCACGCCGGCACUUUAGCAAACAGUCACCAGGAGGCCGUCAGUUUUGAACCCCUAGCUGCCUCGGCAGCAGGACCGGUGUGCGCCACGGCCCUGUCGCCAUCGGGCCAGGAGAUGCCAACUGUAAACGGCGGCGACUUGUACGCGGAAAAUACGGAGCCGGAACCCGAGCCGGCGGAGGAGGUUUCGGAAAACGGGCCAUUAUUCGGAGACUCUCCUCCCGUCAUCGCCGCCCCGUCCAUGUGGACACGCCCCCAAAUCAAAGACUUCAAAGAGAAAAUCCGCCAGGACGCUGACAGUGUGAUCACGGUGGGGCGCGGCGAGGUGGUGACGGUGCGCGUGCCCACGCACGAGGAGGGCUCCUACCUCUUCUGGGAGUUCGCCACGGACUAUUACGACAUCGGCUUCGGGGUUUUCUUCGAGUGGACGGACGCCGCGUCGGCUUCGGUCAGCGUUCACGUGUCUGAGUCGAGCGACGAGGAUGAAGACGAAGAAGGCGAACCCAACCGCGAGGAGGAGAAAGCCAAGAAGGAGUCCAGCAAGCCCCAAGUGGACGAGAUUGUGCCGGUGUACCGGCGGGACUGUCACGAGGAGGUGUACGCCGGCAGCCACCAGUACCCCGGCCGCGGCGUCUACCUGCUCAAGUUCGACAACUCCUACUCACUGUGGCGCUCCAAGAGCGUUUACUACAGAGUCUACUACACCAGAUAA